GAAACACUUGGAAAGGCAGGGCCAAGGCAGCGGUCAAAUCAGAGCGACUCCGGGGCGGCGAGGACUCCGAGCUGGGCACCCGACUCUCGCUCGGGCUGCCUUCCCGGGGGCUCGGGGGGCGGGGGGCAGCACCCGCGCCUCCCGCGUGGGCAGCGGCGGCCGCGAGCCGCUGGGGCCGGGGAGGCAAUCGGCGCAGCCGGCUGUCCCCUCCCCCCAGGCCAAGGACAGCGACGUCGUCCUCCCGCUUCUCCUCCUCUUUGGUGCCUUCAGCCAGGAGGCGGGAGUGACCCGCAGCAGCUGACCCGGCAUCGGCACUGCCUCUCUCUCCCACAGCCCUCAGGACGAGCCAUGGGCCCAGAGGCGGCUUCGCAGCACCGCAGCGACGACGCAGGCGGCGGCCCCGGCGCCUCUCAACUGCCUCCCUGACCGCCGCAACCACACCCUCGCAACAGCCGUCGCCACCAACGCCAGGAGAACCGACGGACGCGCCCCCCCGCUCCGCAAACCACCUUCGCGAUCGCCUCAAGCUACGUCAACAACUAUGGCGGGCGACGGGCGGCGGGCGGAGCUGGGGAGGGAAGGCUGGCGGAUGUACGUCACACCCCGCGCCCCCAUACGGGAGGGAAGGCGCCGGCUCGCCCCUCAAAAUGGCGGCGGCAGUGACGCGCCUGCGUACGGAACUCCUUCGCCGUCGCGCCACGGCCGGCGGGAAGUGAGGUUCUCGGAAGAGCCGCCAGAAGUGUACGGCGACUUCGAGCCCCCGGUGGCCAAAGAAAAGUCCCCGGGGAGAAGACGGCUCUCGCUAGAAGAGUUCCGGCCUGAGUCUGCGAAAGGGGAAGUGCGAGGAAGCGCCUACUACCUUCGGUCUCGGCAGCGGAGGCAGCCGCGACUCCAGGGAGCCGAGGAGAUGAACACGCGAAGGGCGACCCGCCUGCAGGAGCAGCAGCAGCAGCAGCAGCAGCAGCAGUCACCGUCUCCGGUGACGACCAGGAGAGGGCUACGGGACUUUGAUCCGUCUGAAGAGGAUGAACCAUCUACACAAACUAUUUUAAGCCAAGCAGUCCCGAAGAAAACUAUCCAGAGAAUACAAGAAACUACAGAUCCUGUAAUCAGCCUGUGUAGACCCCCUCUAAGAAGUCCAAGAUCUGAUUCGGCAUACAAAACAAAUGGAAAUACUAAAAUGAGUGAAUUAGAAGCCACCAGUGUCCAACAGAAGGUCAAUUUUUCUGAAGGAGGAGAAACUGAACAGGAUGAUCAAGACAGCUCUGACAGUGAUAUUACUACUAAUAAGAUCAGAUCCGGGGAUUCUCUUGAUUCUGCAGAUCAAACCACCAGAUUAUCAAGUCAAUAUCCAGAAUCUUGGCAGUCAUCACAAAGUCGAAACUUCAAAACUUUUGAUAAGCAAACUUCUGUGCUAAGCUCAGCAUAUCCAAAAGAAACUCAGGAAUGGUUUGAACAAACCACAAGAAUAAGAACUACAACGCAAACAUCAUCACCAGGCAGGAGUCCAAAACAUGGCAGUUUUUCAGAUGAUGACAGCAUUCAGAAAUCAGAGCUUGGAAACAGGUCUCCGUCAACCUCCAGCCAACAAGUGACUGGACAACCCAAAAGUGCAUCCUUUAUCAAGAUAAAGUGGUGGUGGCUAGCUGUUCUGAUAGCUGCUUUUGUUCUUGGGAGUUUUUUGUACACUACUACUCCUGAGGUAGAAACCACUGCUGUUCAAGAAUUCCAGAACCAGAUGAAACAACUUAUGAGUAAGUAUCAAGGUCAAGAUGAGAAACUGUGGAGAAGGAGCCUUACAUUCCUUGAAAAACAUCUUAAUAGCUCCCAACCUCGGCCUCAGCCUGCCAUCUUGCUGCUCACUGCUGCUCGAGAUGCUGAAGAAGCACUUAGGUGUCUGAGCGAACAAAUUGCGGAUGCCUACUCUUCUUUCCGUAGUGUCCGUGCCAUCCGGAUUGAUGGGGCGGGCAAAGCUACUCAAGACAGUGAUAUUGUCAAACAAGAGGUAGAUUGGGAACUGAGCAACGGCUUCAAGAAUGGCCAGAAUGCAGCUGUGGUACACCGCUUUGAGUCACUGCCUGCAGGCUCUACUUUGAUCUUCUAUAAAUAUUGUGACCAUGAAAAUGCAGCCUUCAAAGAUGUAGCCUUAGUCCUGACUGUCUUGUUGGAGGAAGACACACUGGGAACCAGUCUAGGCCUAAAGGAAAUUGAGGAAAAAGUGAGAGAUUUUCUCAAAGUCAAGUUCACCAACUCUGACACACCCAACUCCUACAAACAUAUGGACCCAGACAAAUUAAGUGGACUCUGGAGCCGUAUUUCUCACUUGGUCCUGCCUGUCCAACCUGAAAAUGCCCUGAAAAGUGGCAUCUGCUUAUAAAGAGUGACAAAGGACAAAAAUCAUGUCUCAAGUUCUAAAAAUUUUUCAGACUUUCUAACCAGCAACAGGAUUCAGGGCUCUUUUUGAAAGAACUGUUUGUUUUUUUAAAGGAAGUUCUUAUGUAAACAUGGAAUAUCUAAAUCAUUUAUUCAACUUAAUUAUCUGUUACUUGAGAGAAUCAUUUCCCUGUUUCCACUGAGAUCUGUGUUAAUGGUCUCUGAGGACUGUAAAUCAUAUGCAGUCCCAUAGAGGAUCUGUUUAGAUUCGGGGUUUGAGUCAUUAUUGCUAUGGUAUGACCAGACCAGGGUUGGGGGGUAUUGGGCUCCUUCCUAUGAAUCCUCCCAAUUUUUUAAGUUAGAUUUUUCACAGAGUUUGCUAUUAGUAAGACAGCUUUCUAAAUACAGCCAUGGGUUUUCCCAUUUUGUUUUCUUUUACAUCAUUUAGGUGUAGAUUCCUUACCUUCCCCUUACAGGAACAAGAGUAAUGAAAGGUCAUCUGAGUGUGUGUUUGGAUUUUUUUUUCUUUGUUUUUGGAGGUCUGGAGAAGGAGUCAAGGGAAGAGAGAAAUUGUGGAAUGAGGAGGAAAGGGGGAAGAAGUCUUCAAGAUGAAAUUUAAAAUAAGCCACUGAGACUUAGGUCACUCGAGCAUAGCCAUAUGAACUCUAUUCUCAGUGAAUUCUAUUGGGAUUUGUUUUUCACAUGUCCUUGUUUUCCUUUAAGAAAUUUUUGGUCCUCCCAAGGAUUUUGAAGCAUGUAUAUUAUAAGGUUUAACAUAUUUGUUCAUUUGACUCUGAAGGGUGUGGUCAAUUCAGAGCAUUUUAUUUUGGACAUAUCCUAAAGCCUUUGUUUUAAAUUCAGAAAUAUAGUUGCCAGAAUUGGUAAACCAUUGGUCAACCAGCUUUCCUGGACUGUCAAAGAAGGAUUUGAUUUUCUACGUGCAGUUUUAAAGUCUUUUAAUGACGCUCUUAUGACAAAUGUAAAGAUUCACUGUGCACAUGAUGAAUCUUAUUAAGAGUGUCUCAAGCCAAAAAGAAAGUGAACUUUACCAUAUGUGAAGAAUGUCGAAAUGUACUAUUGUGCAUUCCUGUACUACUGUUGCAUUUCAAGUGUCACCUUGCUUCUGUAAUUAAGCUUUCUCAUUUAUCGAUUGCUUGGUUUUUCUUAAUAUCUUAAGAUUCCAGAUCCACCUUGUUUUGUUUUGUUUUUAUUGUCUACAAACCUUCAAGUGAAAAUACUGGUUUUAGAAUACUAGAGGCAGUCAUUGGCUUUAUCAUUUACCUUUUGAGGAUCCCAUGCCUGAUAGUGUGGAGUGUGGUCUGGUUUCUUCCAACUAGGACAACCAGUAUUCAUAAAUUGAUACCCUUUAUUGAAACUUGCUCCUGACUAUCAGGAGUCAGGCCAUCUGAUUUAUAGAUGAUUCUAAAACAAGAGUUUUUGAAAAAGCUUAUUUUAUACACAUAUAUUAUAUGGAGAAACAAAUGUUUUUAUUAAAUGUUUCUCUGACCAAAAUAAUUUUAAAGAAAUAAAUGUUACUUAUAUCUUUCAGGAAAAAUAAUUGUAGCAGGUGAUCUGUAAAUGACUUUAGAAGCUUAUUUUAGUAAUUU